CGUAAAAUGGGCUAAUCGCAUGAUUUAUACAACCUUUAACCUGCACUCCUGCAUGCAGUAAACGCCCACACGAGCACACCCUGAAAAACAACAACUUCAGUUAAAAUUGAAUGGGCUCCAACGUGCACCUUCCAAAUCCAUCUCAUAGUGUGGGCGGAGUAUAACUCUUGUGGGAAGACUUGAUCCCCACAUGUCUCGAAUUCCCUCCUUACUUGUUUUCAGCCAUGCCAGGGGAGAGGCUCUUCUGUUUCCCAGGUAUGCCAGUGGUGUGGAGAGUCAUGUUGCUGUGGGUUUGUGUCUUCAUCUGGCUUCCAGCUCAGGCCCAGGGAGCUCUGGUCGUUUCCCGCAGAGAUGCUCUGACACAGGACACCAAAGACACUGUGGGCAUCAAGACAAUGAAGAAAAGAAGCACAAACUCUCCGAAUAUGGUGGAGGUGUACAGUGUGACAGUGGACUGCACUGUGAUGUCUCGUUUCGCCCACACCGUCAUGACCUCCAAGGCUGUGAACAAAGCAAAAUCCUCCCAGGAAAUCUUCUUUGAAGUGGAGCUGCCCAAGACCGCCUUCAUCACCAACUUCAGCAUAGAAACUGAAGCUCAGGUGUAUGUUGGGGAGGUGAAGAAGAAAGAGAAAGCCAAGAAGGAGUAUGCGAAGGCUGUUUCCUCUGGACAGACUGCUGGACUGGUCAAGGCUUCUGGAAGAACGAUGGAAAAAUUUUCAAUGUCUUUCAACAUUGCAGCCAAAAGUAACGUGACUUUCAUUCUGACCUACGAGGAGCUCCUACAGAGGAAACUGGGCCGAUAUGAGAUUCUAACCCGAGUUAAACCCAAACAACCGGUGCAGGAGUUUCAGAUUGUGGCAGACAUCUAUGAGCCCCAGGGCAUUGCUUUUGUUGAGGCCACUGCAACUUUCCUCCCCAAUGAGCUGCUCUCCCUGGUGGAGAAAACGGUCACAGACGCAAAGGCACACAUCUCUUUCUCACCAAUACUGGAGCAGCAGAGGAAAUGUCCAGGAUGUCAAAGCAGCAUAAUUGACGGAGAUUUCAUCAUCAAGUACGAUGUAAAACGAGAAGAGCAGCUAGGGGAAGUUCAGGAGCGGAUCAAUGAGUGGAAGAAAGAUUGCACAGCCACCAAUAUCAAUGACGCUGUACUGAGGGCAGUGAGCAUGCUGGUGACAGAAAGAAAAGAUAAGAACCUUCCAGAGAGGAGUACGGAUAUGAUUAUUUUACUGACUGAUGGGAUGCCAAACACCGGAGAAUCUGACCUCCCGAUGAUCCAGGAGAAUGUGCGUUCUGCUAUUGGAGGAAACAUGUCUCUGUUCUGUCUUGGACUCGGGAAUGAUGUGGAUUACUCCUUCCUGGAUGUGUUGUGCAGACAAAACAAAGGACUGGCCCGCAGAAUUUUUGAGGGUUCAGAUGCAGCAUUUCAACUUCAGGGUUUCUAUGAGGAGGUGUCCAGCCCUCUGCUCUUGGAGGUGGACCUGAGUUAUCCUGACAACGCAGUGGACUUUUUGACCAAAAACCACUACAGCCAGUUGUUUAAUGGCUCAGAGAUUGUGGUGUCUGGUCGGCUGGCCGACAGUAACAUGGAUAACUUCUUGGUGGAAGUGUUCGCCCAGGGGCCUGAAGAGGACUUCUGGGUGCAGGGAAAGGCCAGUGUGGUAAACUUGGGUGUGAUCUACCCAGAACAGGAGUACAUCUUUGGGGAUUUCUCAGAGCGUCUGUGGGCCUAUCUCACCAUCCAGCAGCUACUGGAGAACAGUGACAUUGGUACUCAGCAGGAGAAACACGAUACAACAGCCAAGGCCCUGGACAUGUCCCUGCGAUACAGCUUCGUCACACCUGUUACCUCCAUGGUUGUUACCAAGCCUGAGGACGGACCAGACAGCCUUCUCAUCGCUGAUAAACUGACUGAAGACCAGCGACAGGAAGCAGAGAGACGCAGUGGUUCCUCAGGCCGUGGUUCCAGUUUCCAUAGCCAAUCAAAUGUGGAUGGAGAUCCUCAUUUCAUGAUAGAGUUCCCUGACAGAGACGACGCUCUGUGCUUCACCAUCAACGACAAACCAGGAACCAUUUUCAACCUGGUCAGAGACCCAAAAUCAGGCUUUGUAGUGAAUGGACAAAUUAUUGGCAAGAAGAAGGUUGUUUCGGAUGGUAACACCCACACCUACUUUGGCCGUUUUGGUAUUGUCCACCAGAAGCUGGGGGUGAGGUUGGAGGUGAGCACUCAGGACAUAUCGGUCUUCCAUGUUGGCAAGCAGGUCAAACUGCUGUGGUCUGACACAGCCUCUAUCAAAGAAACCAACAUGGACUUCAGGUUGACUAAGAACUGCAGCCUGACAGUGACGCUGAGGCAGUCAGUUAAAUUUAUGGUCAUUAGACACUCAAAGGUUUGGAAGAGACGCCAGGAACAACAAGACUACCUGGGUUUCUACACCCUGGACAGCCACCACUUGUCUGCUUCGGUUCAUGGUCUGCUAGGUCAGUUCUACCAUGGGGUUGAGUUUGAGGUGGCCGACCUGCGUCCAGGUGAGGUCCAGGAGAACUUAGAUGCCACCAUGUAUGUGAAGGGACAAACAUUCAACGUGACCAGACACUGGCAGAAGGACUUCAGCUGGCAUGUGAAGAAUGGAGAAAAUAUUCCCUGCUGGUUUGUUACCAAUGAUGGAAAAGGCCUCAUCGAUGGAAAAGCCUCAGACUACAUUGUGUCAGGGAUUUUUAAGACUGCUUUUUGAAUCUAGAAAAUUCUAAAUCUCAGUGGCGUUGCAGUGGGGCCACAUCAUUAUGGUGGUGUUGUGUUCUGAGAGAUAUACACAAAGAAACAUUAGAAAAACCAGGAUAAUGAUAUUUUGGUGUUCUAUUAUGACACAUCAUGCCACUUUCUGUCAGAUUUAGGGUUGUACUUGCUGUGAAAGUUCAGUAAUUAGUCUCAAAAUUAUUUUUUCAAAGUGUCAAAUGUGAACAUUCAGUGUGUUUGCUAAUGUCAAUGGCUGAUGUAAAGUUGGACCUAUGCUUAAUGUACUUAAUGCUUCACAGCUGGUAAUACAAAAUUCUAUUCUAUGCUUUUGCAUUGGUCAUUAACAUAACAAGAUAGCAAAUCUGUAGAGGGAACCUCUACAUUGGUGUGUGCAGAAAACCCACCCACAUACUGUACCUCCUCGACUCUCUCUAUAGCUCUAACUGGGCAUAAUGCAAACCUUGCACCAACAGAGAGAAAUAAUCAACAAACAUCAUCCUGUGGAUUCAAAAUUUGCACACUGCACACUGACUAAACUAGAUUAUUAAGAUUCAAAGCCAAAACCAAAGCAGCAAUUUAAAUCUAGCCACAGUUUUUUUUUUUUUUUUAGAGGUAAUAUUUCUCUCAGACAUCAUGGAAGUUGCCAGAUGUCUCUUCUUGGAGUUGUGGAGCAGUAGAGAAACUAAGCACUGGAGGUGAGGCUGAGUUUGGAGCUGGUCCACUGUGACGUCUUGAGGGGACGUUGUUGUCACUGCUGAGAUGUUGGAGUGGUACAAAUAUAGCUGGCACUUCAUUUUCCUCAACAUCAUCAUCACUGUUCACAAGAGCAUGGUGAGAGCUGGUCCCUUGAAGGCAAGCGAUGGAGUAUGUGUUUUUCUGAUAACUUGUGUAGGCCUAAGUCGCUUUAGCACAUUUUAAAUGUUGUACUUCAAGUGUACUGGAAUCUGUUUACAUUGCUAUUUAUUUCCCCGCUGUACGUUGUUACAAUUACUUGUUGGCCAUGUUUACCUUUUCCAUUUGGUUAAUUUUAAGAAAAGGCAAGUGUAGAGGUGAACUUGUUCAUAGUUUUGUGGCCACAGGGGGCGGCAGUGAGCACAUUACGACUUGUUGCGCCGCCAACGCGACGUAAAGAAGAUGCCGCACUCGAAAACCUACGUUGAAAACAUAAUUUGACAAGUCACACAAAGGGGAGAUUUGUGCUAUAUUGGACGUAUUUUCAAACGGUAUGUUUCACUUUUUCAAAGGAAAAGACUACAAGGAUACUUGGUUUGGCAAAUGUACCUCGGGUAAACUUCCUCGCCUGCAGUAAAGAGCAGCGCAAAGCCACUAUGGUUAUACUCAAAACUACCCCAAACUAGCGUUAGCUAACGUUAAUCCCGCACUGGCUAGCUAGCUGCUUUUAAUUUAUACAACAACAUAGGGCCGAAUUUAAAAAAAGGAUAACCAUAAUAUAUUAAUUUGUUUGACCCACUGUAGUUGGGGUAAUAUUAUAAUGACCUCACACUUAUCUCUACCAACAUUGGUGUAUGUGUAGCCCUAUAUAAGCAUCUUCAUGGGUCAGUAACGUUAGACUGUUUCUUGACAGGUUAUCGCCCACUGAACCUCACCUGAAGAGAGAAGACCAGAAACAGGUGAAAUGAAACUGACACAGUAUAGAUUUAAAAACGGGCUUCUACUGUCUAAUAGACAGAGGUGUGUCAUUUUGCUCUAGGUGUGUUCAGCAGGAGCUCACUAACCUAUGCAUAAACGUGACAGGCAUUGGUUUUGAUUUGUUCUCAAAGCCCUUAAUGGCAACUUGCCAUCAUAAAUCACUUCCUUAUUAAACUGGUCCCAUAGUCAUUGUUUGACUCAUUCAAGUGAUUGGCUAAUGCUCGAGCAAACACCAAAUUUUGGAAAACUGCUUUUAGUUUUUGUGCAGCACACACUGGAAAAUCUUACAACACACAUUAAAACUCAGCAAAAUUGUACCUAAAGGUCAAUUUAAAACCGUGAUUACAAACCACUCUGCUCUUGAUUGUAACUGUGUUUGGUUGUUGUCUGUUUGUUUGUUUUCUUGUGAAUUAUUUUUUGUGUGUAUUUAUUCAGUUUUAAUUGUACUCUCGACAUCAUUGAAGUCCUCAAGAUUUAAAUAAAGGUUGAAUGAAUGAAAGCAUAUACCAUAUAAUAUACUAUCUAUUCAAGUGUCCCAGUAAGCCAUGACAGUGUAACAGUGAGCCAGCAUGUACGAUACCAGGACCCUGAAACUGAAGAAGAUGAAUGGAGUUCAUCCAUCAAUAAUUUUAUUAUUUACACCUGUGCUUUUCCCAUUGUGAUGUGUCAAAAUGUCUCGGGUGAAAAAAUGCCUGUUGGCAUCUUCCUCGUUCUCCUUGUUAGCUUUGUUUCACUUGUUGGAUGGGAAAAAAGUACACCUUUAUCAUUCUUCUAUAUGUACAAAGGGUAUGGUGACAUCAUGUAAUUCCCUGCAUACUUCCAUGCAACUUCAACCUGAACACAGGUCUAAUAAGUAAAUGGAAACACCUGAGGGUGCAUGAGUUCUCUUAUUAAAGGGCACACCAUACA